AUGACCCGAACAUCCACGCCGCCUCCACGACCACCACCAGCACCAGCACCAGCGCCGGACGACCAGCACGAAACUCACCACCUCCCACCCUCUCUGCCCAAUUCACCUCUAGCCAAGCGUCUAAAGCCCGACACCGACACCGCCACCACAUCCGCCGUGAAAAUGUCGUCCACAUCAAACCGGGAAGAAUCUGUGGUUCCAGUCCCCAAACUGACGGCGACAUCCCACCCACCCCUCCUGAUCAAGAAACUGUCCGCCGACGCCACGACGCCGACACGCGGCUCGGCCUUCGCGGCCGGCUACGACCUGUACGCGUCGAAACCGACGACCAUCCCCGCGCGGGGCAAGGCUCUCGUGUCGACGGACCUCUCGAUCGCCACGCCCGAGGGCACGUACGGCCGGAUCGCGCCGCGGUCGGGCCUGGCGGCCAAGCAUUUCAUCGACACGGGCGCCGGGGUGAUCGACGCCGACUACCGCGGCGAGGUCAAGGUGUUGCUGUUCAACCACGCCGAGACGGAUUUUCGGGUCGACAAGGGCGACCGCAUCGCGCAGUUGGUGCUCGAACGCAUCUACACGCCCGAGAUUGUCGAGGUCGACAGUCUGGAGGAGAGUGUGCGUGGCGCGGGGGGGUUCGGGAGUACCGGUGUUGGUGUUGCCAACACCGGUGCAGCUUAG